UCCAUGAUAUACAGAUGGGAGAUGUGAUAGGCUCCUGACAAAAAUAGCACCAGCAGUAUAUCUCACAGCAGAAACAAGUAAAAACAGGCUUCAGUUAGGCAGGUUUGAGCCUUUGUAUGCAGAAUGGAUUCAGUCUUUUCUGUUGUUGGAUCCUGUGUUGACUGGGAUGUCAGAAGUCUGCUGCUCUUCACUGCAAUUUUCAUCCUUACUGCAGAUUAUAUUAAGAACCGUCGGCCACACAGCUUCCCUCCAGGACCUCGGGUAUUUCCUAUUGUGGGCAACAUAUUCAGUGUGGAUUACAACAGGGCCCAUGAGAGUAUGACACAGUUAGCAGGGAAAUAUGGAGAUGUGUACAGCCUGCGAAUGGGCCAGAGGUGGAUUGUGGUGUUAAAUGGGUUUGAGGUUCUGAAAGAAGCUCUGGUAAAUCAGGGAGACAGUGUGGUGGACCGCCCGGACCUCCCGCUAGAGAUGGACGUCGGUCAUGGACUAGGUGUAAUGUUCAGUAGUGGCAACAGAUGGAAGCAGCAGAGGCGAUUUACACUUUCAACCCUAAAAUAUUUUGGAUUUGGCAAGAAGUCUCUUGAGCCUGUCAUCUUGGAUGAAUUUACACAUUGUGCAAAAGACCUCAUCAGCUAUAAAGGUAAACCAUUCAAUCCUCAAUUCUCCAUCGACAACGCUGUCUCCAACAUCAUCUGCUCCCUGGUUUUUGGUCAUCGCUUUGAGUACAAUGAUGAGAAGUUCAUGAAACUGAUGAAGUGGUUUGACAGAUGUGUCAUGAUUCAUGCCUCCAUCUGGGCACAGCUUUACAACUCAUUCCCUCUGCUGAUGAGACGUUUGCCAGGGCCACAUCAGACAGUCCAGCACAUCUGGAACAAUUUAAAGGACUUCGUAAGAGCACAGAUGAAGGAGCACCAACAGAACUGGGAUCCCUCAGACCAAAGAGACUUCAUCGACUGCUACCUGAAUGAGAUUGAGAUGAAUAAGGGGCAGGCUGACAGCACUUUUGAUGAGGAAAACCUGAUUACUUGUGUCUUGGACCUGUUUGUGGCUGGCUCUGAGACCACAUCCACCACUCUGCGCUGGGCUUUCCUCUACAUGGCAAAGUACCCUGAGAUCCAGGCAAAGGUCCAGGCUGAGAUAGACAGAGUCAUUGGACAGUCCAGACAGCCGUCCAUGGACGAUCGUGCAAACUUGCCCUACACUGAAGCUGUCAUUCAUGAGAUCCAGAGGAUGGGCAACAUAGUUCCUCUCAGCCUGCCUCAUGUUACUACCAAGGACAUCCAGCUGGGAGGCUACACAAUCCCAAAGGGCAUUACAGUAAUUCUCAAUCUGACCUCGGUGCUGUUCGACAAGAAAGAGUGGAAGACGCCCAACACCUUCAACCCAGGACACUUUCUGAACGAGGAGGGCAAGUUUGUGAAGCGAGCUGCUUUCAUCCCUUUCUCUGCUGGUAAGCGGGUGUGUCUCGGAGAGAACCUGGCCAGGAUGGAGCUUUUCCUCUUCUUCACCUCCUUUAUGCAGCACUUCACCUUUUCAGUGCCUGCUGGGGUGAAGCCUGUGAUGGACUAUUGCUUUGGCAUCACUGUGGCACCACGUCCAUAUGAAAUCUGUGUAACUUCACGCUAAAAGUAGCUACCAAACAAUGUAUAGACUCAUACAUGUUUUGGGCAUCUGAGAAGUUAAAUUUCUCUUUGCUGGAACUGCUAAUAACUCAUUGACAUCUGAAAUGGUGUCUCAACUAGACACUGCUUUUUGCAAGUGGCCAAACGCCCAAAACAUUGGUAGCUAUUGAUUUAAUCUAAACCGCUUUAUAUUCCAUAGGCUUAUAUCUUAACCAUUUUUAUUUAACUACCCAACAGCAUUUGAGAUUGUUAAAAUUAGCUCUGCCUUGACCAACUACAAUUGUAAAAUGAUAUUGGCUGAUCAAUACAACAAUAAUAAUCAUACUACAAUAUAAUAUUCACCAGUCUAACACUCACAGGGGGCAUUUUCUGAAUUGAGUACUGUUACUAAACUAUACAUAAAUUACAUUUUCAAUGUUUAACAUCAACUUGUAUUGGAGUAUCUUUAUAUACUUAUAUACAGGGGUGACUGUGGCUCAGUGGAAGAGCAGGUUGUCCACCAAUCGGAAGAUUGGCAGCUCGAUCCUCCGCUCCUCCAGCCUACAUGUCAAAGUAUCCUUGAGCAAGAUGCUGAGCCCCGAAAUUGCUCACAAUAACUGUUACAUUGGUGUGAGAGUGUGUUUAAAAACUAAGUAGCAGGUGGCACCUCGCCUCGCCCACCAGUGUAUGAAUGAAUGGAUGAAUGUGACUCGUAGUGUAAAAAGAUUUCAUUAUUUUCAGCAGUUUACGUAAGUUUGAGAUCAAAAGUCGGAUCUAAUUUGCCUGAUUUUCACUGCAAACUGAAUACUUGAACUACCCUGGAAACUAUGCAGCAAGAUUGUUCAGAAAAAAUACACACAUAGAUAAAUGUCUUUUACUUUUGAGAACUUUCUUCUCCUUCUUUCUCCCAGUAAAUCUCUUAUUUGGUCUGACCAAUGACUAGGAAAUUGAAACACCUCAGUGGUGAUGCUGAUGGCCCCAAAGUCAGUGUGAAAACAGACAGAGUUCAGGUGUGUAGACAGUAGGGUAGAAUUGUCCAUGAAGUCAUCACCAGAGGAGGCCCUUUCCACAGUCUUCUCAUUGAUAAUAACAGCUGUACAACACAUUUCCUGUGCUUAAGAGUUGGUUGCCCUCUGCUGGACACAUAUGGUAAUUUUCUACAGUUCUAUCUGCAGGCAUGUCAAAUAAAAUGCCAGAGAAGAAGAAAUGGAGAUUAAAAGCUUCAGCACUGGAUAAUCUGUCAGUAGUAUGAUCAAACUUGUUUGAUUACAGAUGGGAGAUGUGAGGAGUUCUUAAGAGAUUUUAUAAUGUUCAGUUCAGUGGUUCCCAAACUUUUUUCAGACCCCUUCUCAAUUGUUAAUUAAACUGGCGACCCCUGAGUAAGUGACAUAUUUUAUGGAUAUUUCAUAUUCUGUUUAAUACAUAACAAUAAUAAUACAGAGCAACUGAUGGACUGUACAAAUGACCCAAUUAGUGAAUGCAAUACCUGCAGGAAGUUAUGUAAACAAGUGGUUUGGCUCAGUUUAUUUCUACAUAUUGCAUCAGAGGUGACGUAUAUCUUGAAUGAAGGCCUUAAUUGUAAAAAUGAUUUUAUUUAGCUUUCUUAACAGAAAUAUAUUAAAUCCUGCAGUAUAGGCCCACUAUAUAUAUAUAUAGAUAUGUAUUUUAAUUUUUCUUACACCCCUGAAAUUAAUAAAGCCUCACGACCCCCAGGUAGCUUUUUCGAGCCCCUAGUGGGGGUCAGGACACCCACUAUGAUACGAUACGCUACGAUAUACUUUAUUGUCCCUGUAGGGAAACUUGUUGUGGACUCUGGAGCUGCAUAAGUACUGCUGCCUUACAAUAAUGGUCCAGAAGAAAUAAAAAGCAUACACCAUAAAAACAUAUACUACCCAUAACAGUAUUGCAUAUCAGCCAUUCAUGUAUUGCACAUAACACCAGCACACCACGGGGCAACAUAAGCAAAGCACAACAAAGCCCCUAAAGUGUUAUGCAACAUUAUUUAAACCCUUUUUUAAAUGAUUCAGUUUAAAUUUGGGCGUCCUGUAUUGUCUGCCCGUGGGUAAAAGCUUGUACUUAGCGUGGAGAAUGUGGGAAGAGUCAGACAGUGUUCUCUAUGCUUAUCUGAGAACAGCCCGCUCAUACAGUGUCUGGAGGGACGGGUGUUCCUUCCUCCCCGUGACAUUCAUGGCUUCUGAACCAGACAAGCAAGUGUUCAAGAUCAUGCUGGUGCAGAUGUUUCAUUGAUGCAUUAACAGUACUGUAGUGGGUCCAUUUUUGGCAAGUCUACACUGAAGGUACAUAAUGGUUGCUGUAUUUGGUGAACUUUGCAGUGCAUGCCCACGGGGACAUGGCGCAGUGUGCCCACUGUGCCCACAGUAGACCUACUGUGUGUCCACAGUUUGACCAGCCCACUGUGGACCCUUCUACCACUGUGAAAUGUGGGGCCUGGUGGGCAAAGCUACUGCAUUUCAAAACUAUUAAUUAAAGCUUAAUUCUAAUUUUUUCUAUGAAAAUUCUGCAGUAUUCAUUGAUGUUUUGAUGCCCCAAAUUAAGUUCAUGCUAUUUGCUCUUUGAAAUAAAUGUGCUGUAGUCUUAUAGUGACCUCACUGUCACUGAUAUGACAGCUGUGCAACACAAUUCCUGUGCUGAUCAUGGUGAAAAAUGGACACAGAAACUUCAUCAACCAUUGCCUGAAUGACAUUCAGAAGGUGGACGAAAAACUAUAAGCAAAUAAAUAAAUAACUAUACUACACAUUCCUCAGUCCCAGCUUCUCAGUUAAAACAUCUCUCACUUUUCUUUGUAUUACAUCACUUGUAUUGAUUGAUUGGAAGAAAUAAACACAU